AUGUCGAAGCUAGGUGACUUUGAUGCAGUGCGCAAGGAUAUUGCCUCUAUCCUAAAGAAGAAGGGAUAUGAUGACGGAUCAAUUGGUCCUGUUCUUGUGCGUCUUGCCUGGCACGCGAGUGGCACGUACAGCAAAGAGGACGAGACUGGUGGCUCGAACGGAGCUGGUAUGCGAUACGAGGAAGAGGGCGGUGACCCAGCAAAUGCUGGUCUUGAAAAUGCCCGUGCAUUCCUAGAGCCUAUCAAGGAGAAGCACCCUUGGAUCACUUACGCUGACCUGUGGACUCUUGCCGGUGUUGUGGCCAUCAAGGAGAUGGACGGCCCUGAAAUCGAAUGGAAGCCUGGCCGCACUGACUUCACGAACAAGAGGUACGUGCCCCCUCGUGGACGUCUGCCCGAUGGCGCCCAAGGUCAGGACCACUUGCGCCACAUCUUCUACCGCAUGGGCUUUAACGACCAAGAAAUUGUAGCUCUGACUGGCGCUCACAAUCUCGGUCGUUGCCACAAGAACCGCUCGGGCUUCGAUGGCCCUUGGGUGGUGAACCCAACUCGUUUCUCGAACACAUUCUACAAAUUUUUGCUUAAUUUGAAAUGGGAGCCUCGUAAGUGGGACGGCCCCUUCCAGUACUCGGCUUAUGCUCCUGGCAUGGACGAGGACGACGAGCCCCUUAUGAUGCUUCCAACGGACUACUCACUCGCCCAAGAUGAGAAGUUCCGUCCUUGGGUCGAGAAAUAUGCUGCGGACCGAGACCUGUUCUACGCUGAUUUUGCAAAGGCCUUUGCCAAGUUGAUCGAACUUGGUGUGUACCGCGACGAGGACGGCAUUGCUCGUUGCGACAAGCGUGACGCCAAGGGCUCUUACAUUCCGGCUCCCAAGAAGAGUAGCUCGACUGGCGCUCGCCCUAACCUUUAA